GAGAGGGACCAGACUCUCACUCUGACAGCAGGAAGAGUCCUUCAGGGGAGCCAGACCCAGAGACGUCCAAACCAGCGAGACCACACCACUGCUCCCACUGUGGAAAGAGUUUUACCCGGUUCUGGAACCUAAAACAGCAUGAGACGAUGCACACAGGAGAAAAGCCUUUUCAAUGCUCCCAGUGUGGAAAGAGUUUUACCUGGUUAAGGGCCCUGAAUAGGCAUGAAGAACUACAUACAGCAGGGAGGAAGACCUACCAAUGCUCCCAGUGUGGAAAGAGUUUUACUCAGUUAGGAAGCCUGAAAAUACAUGAGAGAAUCCAUACAGGAGAGAAGCCUUACCCCUGCUCCCUAUGUGGAAAGAAGUUUACCAUGUUAGGCAAUCUUAAAAAGCACGAGAAAAUACACUCAGGAGAGAAGCCUUACCACUGUUCCCUGUGUGGCAAGAGUUUUACCCAGAUAGGGAGCCUGAAAACACAUGAGAGAAUGCACACAGGAGAGAAGCCUUACUACUGCUCCCAGUGUGGCAAAUAUUUUUCUCAUUUAGAGACCCUGAAAAUACAUAAGAGAAUACAUACAGGAGAAAAGCCUCACCACUGCUCACUGUGUGGAAAGAGUUUGACCACUUUAGGCAAUCUAAAAGAGCAUGAGAGGACACACACGGGAGAAAAGCCUUUUAAGUGUUCCCUCUGUGGAAAGAGUUUUACCCAUUUAGCGAGCCUGAAAAGGCAUAAAGGAAUACACACAGGAUAAAAGCCUUACCAAUUCUCCCAGUGAGGAAAGAGAUUUUCACGAUUACAGGACCUUACAUCACAUGAGAGGACACACCUGACCACUGCUCCCAAUGUGGAAAGACUUUUACCUUGUUAGGGAUCUUGAAAACAUUGAGAGUAAACAUAGGAGAAAAGAUCUUCCACUGUUCUCAGUGUGGAAUAAGAUUUUACCCGGUUAUGUAACCUGAAAGAGCAUGAAAGAACUCAUACAAAUACACAGGAGGAGAAGACAUACCACUGCUCUCAUUGUGGAAAGACAUUUUCCCAGUCAGAGGACUUGAAAACACAUGAGAGAAUAGACUCUGUGUUCUGACUUAUGUUUUUGACCUGAGAAUUUGGGGAUUUGUUUAAUACCACAUUAAAUCAUACUCAAAAAAAGGUUACAGGAAUUCCCACCUGUUUAGC